ACAAACGAGAUGUCAGUCGAUAUUUCCUCCCUUGAAUCCAGCGACUGGCUCUUGUAUUUUGCCGUUUCUCCUCAUUCUCCCUACGCAGACGACAAGGGGAUGAUGAUGAUAACAGUUUAUGUAAAGGAUUGUGGACUUUUUUUCUGUGCGGAUUGAGGUGUGGUUGUGGUGGUGUGUCUUGGGUGUUUAUUGGAAUCAAAGCGAAAAGGACGACUUUGAACACAUUCUCACAAUGGGAUCAUUUUUAUGACAUUAUUACAGAGGUAGCAUCGAGUGGAGACAAACUGUCAAGAAAUAUUUGAAGAACGUUCAGCAUUUCUCUGUGGAGUGUGCUUGGUUUUAAGAAAACCCGUCGAACGGCGCAGGCUGUCAUUAAUUUGAGAUUUCCUCCUCCUUCUUGGGCGCACUUAUUUAUGACCUAACUGUGUUGCAAGUGCAGUAAAAACCCUUAGUGAAACGAAAACUAGCCCCUCCCUACGACGUUGGGGAAUUAGAGACAGACGUUAUUGUGAUAAGAAACAAAAAGAAAACAAACACCCGGUUCCGAAACCGGAAGCCGUUGUGGGUGCUAGAGGUCAUUGCGGGUAGCCUUGACCCAGACCUUCCACCAUGGGCUUCGGGAGCCAACUGAAGCUUCUGCUAUGGAAGAACUGGCUGUUGCAGAAGCGCAAGAUCUGCGUAUCCAUCUUCGAGGUGAUUCUCCCUAUUCUCUUCGCCUGCAUCAUCCUCGCCAUCCGGGCUUUGGUGGAGGUUGAUGACGUGACUCAGCCCACCACCUACCCACCCACGAGCACGGUGUUGGCGAGUACCUACUUCCCCACCAACAUGGUGCUGGGUUACGCCCCUUCCAACUCGGAGACGGACAAGGUCAUGACCACGGCCGGUGACCUCUUCCAGAACUACACGGAGGUCAACACGUCAUCGUCCCAUAUUAAGAAUUCGCAUAUGAGCCGUGGAGUGAUCUACAUGCAGCGGCUGGUGGGGGAAGCGUUGACCAAAUACUGGGUUGAAAUGACCGGUGGGGACCCCAGCUCGGUCAAAAUGGACGUGCAGAAUCAGCGAAUCGCCUACCCGCCUUACUUCAAAGAUCCGAUGAUCGGCGUGAUACAGAAUAACCUUCCCCUCUUCAUCGUUCUCAGCUUCAUUCUCAGCGUCAUCGUCAACACCAAAAAUUUGGUCUAUGAAAAGGAGAAAAAGUUGAAGGAAUCCAUGAAGCUGAUGGGUCUGCGGGCGUCGGUGCACUGGCUGUCCUGGUUCAUCACGUUCCUGGUGUACAUGGUACCCGCUAUGAUUGUCUACGCUCUGCUCUUUGGCCUGGACAUUAUGGCGGACAAGGGGCCUGUACUGGCCAACAGUGACGCCAGCCUCUUCUUCGUGUUCCUGCUCUUCUACGCUUUUGCUCUCAUCUCUUUUUGUUUCAUGGUCAGCACAUUUGUGCAGAAAGCCAAUGUUGGAGCAGCCCUAUCAGGAAUUUUGUUCUUUGGAUUUUUCUUCCCCUACUACUUCAUCACGCCGAGUUACGAGACACUGGACAAAGAACCAAAACUGGCUGCUAGUCUGCUUUUUAACUGCGCCAUGGCGUUAGGUGCUAACGUCAUCGGGAUCUACGAAGGCACCGGGGAGGGGGCGCACUGGGGCAACUUCCACAAGCCAGCCACCGUUGAUGAUAACUUAAGCCUGCUCGAGUGUAUGAUCAUGCUGCUAGUGGACACGGGAAUACAUCUGCUCAUCACCUGGUACCUGGACAAUGUGUGGCCGGGAGAGUUUGGUGUUCCCAAACCACCCUACUUUUGUUUUACGAAAUCUUAUUGGUGUGGAGCCGGGCGAGCAGCAACUGACAGUAGUCUUUAUGAGGCUCAGGAUGGCCAGAACAGACGCUUUGAAAAGGAACCCACUGGAGUAAAUGCAGGAAUUCAAAUUAAAAACUUGAAAAAGAGGUUCGGUCCUAAAGUCGCAGUGGCUGGAACGUCCUUGAACAUGUUUGAAGGUCAGAUCUCGGUCCUUCUAGGCCACAAUGGAGCUGGGAAGACCACCACUAUGUCUAUGCUCACGGGAUUCAUCCCUCCAACCAGUGGAACAGCGGUUGUAAAUGGAUACGACAUUUGUGACAACAUCGAUGGUGUUCGGAGCAGUUUGGGUCUCUGUCCACAACACAACAUCCUGUUUGACACAAUGACGGUCAACGAACAUUUGGAAUUCUUUGCAAGGCUGAAGGGAGCAGGAGGUCCAAAGCUCACUGCAGAAGUUAUCGAGACUGCAAAAGAGGUUGGGCUGGAGGCAAAGAUGUACGCACCAUCUUCAAGUUUGUCUGGUGGACAGAAGAGAAAACUAUCUGUUGGAAUUGCACUCAUUGGUGGCUCUAAGGUGGUGAUCCUGGAUGAGCCGACCUCUGGCAUGGACCCUGGUGCCCGUCGACAGACCUGGAACGUCCUCCAGCGGGCUCGGCAGAACAGGACACUUGUGCUGAGUACUCACUACAUGGACGAGGCGGAUCUGCUUGGAGAUCGGAUCGCCAUCAUGGCCGAAGGUGUCUUGAAGUGCUGCGGGAGUUCUAUGUUCCUCAAGAAACUUUACGGCGCCGGCUAUCAUCUGGUGGUGGUGAAAGAUGACCAGUGUGACAUAAACAUCUUGACCGACGUGAUCCAGUCGUUUGUGGCCAGUGCGGAGCUGGAGACCAUCAUCAACCGAGAGGUUUCCUACCUGCUGCCGGACAACGAGUCGAGCAAAUUCGCGUCUCUGUUCCGGGAGUUGGAGAGCAAGAAGGAGAAAUUGGGCAUCACGAGCUUUGGGACAUCGGCCACCACCAUGGAGGAAGUCUUCUUGAAAGUGGGCGACAACGCUUACGACGAUGAGGACUCCCUCAAUGGUCAAGACAAUGGGGCCACCAACGGGGGCAAGCUGGCCUUCACAAACCCGGCCUUUGACCAGGACAAGAGCAACUCAAGCCUGAGUGCGGAGAUGUCACCGGCCACCAGCGCCCUAGGGGCUCACAACAAAGUGGACACCACCAGAGACCAGAGCGAGGCCAAGACGAAAGAGAUCGACAUCAUGUCUUUCAACAAAGGCUUCAAAAAAAGAACAGGGAUGGCCUUGGAGAUGUCUCGCAUGCGCGGCUUAUUCGUGAAAAAAGCAAUUCACACCUGGCGGAAUCGGGUCGUGACCUUGGUACAGCUCUUACUUCCUGUCAUCUUCACCAUCCUCGGGUUGGCAGCGGACGAAGCACGACCCCAGGGCACAGAUGAACCGCCCCUGACCUUUGACCUGGCACCUUUCGAAGGAAGCUACGUUCCGUACACUUCGGGUCUGAACCCUUCUGCUCUGGGAACAAAGUUUGGUGACCUGUAUGCUGGACAGUUUGGUCCCUCAGAUGUUACGGAGGUUGUCGACCUGUCAAAUAACAAGACUUUUAAUGACUACACUCUGAAGAGAGCGGAUGAACUUGGCACCUCGACUUUCAACAAAAAAGUCAUUGUGGGCAUGGAGCUGAUUAGCCCAAACCUCCAGGCGGACUCGAAUGUUUCAGCCAUUGCUUUCUACAACGGUCAGCCGUACCAUGCUCAGCCCAUCGCUGUGAACUACUUGAUGAACACCUUUCUCCAGUACUUUCUGAAUGACUCAUCGUACAGCCUACAGACAGAGAUCAACCCUAUGCCCAAGGAUGAAAACGACGCUGCCGAAUUCUCUCUGCUUUUGAACUUGUCUGCAGGAUUCUCCGUGGGGUUCUUCAUCAGUUUUGGAAUGGCUUUCCUCACCACUAUGUUCAUCUUCUUCUUGAUUAAAGAAAGACAGGUCGGAUCAAAGCAUAUGCAGAUUGUGAGCGGUGUGGGACCCAUCACGUACUGGCUGCCCACCUUCCUCUGGGACUUCAUCAACUACAUCAUCCCCAGCUUGCUUCUCCUGGUCGUGUUCGCUGCGUACCAGAAGACAGCAUAUCUGGACGACGGUCGGUGGGCACUGGUCAUCCUUACUCUGGCCGUCUAUGGCUGGGCGGUUCUUCCCUUCAUGUACGCCAUCCAGUUUGCCUUCAAGUCUCCGCCAACCGGAGUGGUCUUGGUCAUCAUGCUCAAUAUCAUCACAGGUCUGGUGACCACCCUCGUGGUCUUCGUCCUUCAGAUCCCGGGUUUGAACACGGAGGACAUCGCGGAGAGCCUCAACUGGGUGUUCAUGGCGCUGUUCCCCAACUACAACAUGGGCCAGUGUUUCAUCAACAUCUACACCAACUACCUGAACAUCGACUUCUGCGAGCCCAAGAUGGCCUUCUGUCCUUUUAAAGAGUUAGCGUCGCCUUGUUGUCCUCAAUGGUGUUUGUCCAAGUAUGAAUUCUGUGUGAACUUUGAUGAAAAUUAUUUGGCCUGGGACCUGCCUGGCAUUGGUUCGUACCUCGUCUUCAUGGCCAUCCAAGGCGUCCUGUACAUCCUGUUGGUGCUACUCAUCGAGUUCCACGUUUUCCAGAGGAUCUGGUACUUGAUCCGUGGUGCCCCCAACAUGGGAAUGGAACCCGCAUCCUACGAGCAGUCGGCAGGAGGGCAGGCAGAGGACAGUGACGUGGCUGCAGAGAGGCAGAGAGUUAACUCCAGCCCAGCAUCUGUCUUGUCUAACGCAGAUUCUCUUCUGCUGGUGAACCUGUUCAAACGCUACGGUACAUUUGUCGCCGUCGACCACAUCUGUGUGGGCGUGCCGGAACAAGAGUGCUUUGGACUGCUCGGGCAGAACGGUGCUGGAAAGACCACUACGUUCAAAAUGUUGACGGGGGAUGUAAUGGUCACAGGUGGCAACGCUUACCUCAAGGGCCAUGAUGUUCGCAGUGAGAUAAAAAAAGUGCAAGCCAACAUGGGUUACUGCCCCCAGUUCGACGCCUUGAUUGACCAGAUGACCGGGAGGGAGACGCUCACGAUGUACGCCCGCCUCAGGGGAGUGCCGGAGAAAAAUAUCAAGAUGGUGGUCAACUUCCUGUUGGACAUCCUGAUGCUGCGACCACAUGCGGACAAACUGGCCGGUCAAUACAGCGGAGGCAACAAGAGAAAGCUGAGCACAGCCAUGGCCCUGGUUGGUGACCCGCCCUUCAUCAUGCUGGACGAACCGAGCUCAGGCAUGGACCCCAAGGCCCGUCGCCAGUUGUGGAACGUUUUGUCGCAAGUCAGAGCCUCGGGGCGUACCUUGGUGCUCACGUCUCACAGUAUGGAAGAAUGCGACGCUCUGUGCACGAGAAUUGCCAUCAUGGUCAACGGGAAGUUCAUGUGUCUGGGCAGUCCUCAACACCUGAAGAACAAGUUUGGUCAAGGCUACACCCUCAUUGUCCAGCUGGGCGUCCUGGACAACGGCUAUCCGGCCCCGAACCAACCGGUCAUUGAGUUCAUCCUGCAGAACUUCCCUGGAGCAAAGGUUUUUGACGAUCAUCAAGGCUACGUUCACUUCCAAGUUCCUGACGCAAACAUCCACUUGGCAGAUGUGUUUGAGCUCAUGGAGACAACAAAACAGAAUCUGAACGUCGAAGACUACUCUGUCCAUCAGACAACCUUGGAGCAGGUGUUCUUGACCUUCACUCGAUCUCAAGUUGUCCCUAAGGAAGAGAAGAGCUACAGCAUGGCCACACAAGUUUGCUGCUUCUGCUGUCUGGCCUGUGGGUGCUACAAGUAAAUGAGAUGUGUGCUCGGGGAAAAAGUCACGUCUCUGUUUGACUUUCAAAGUGGAGAAAAAUAGAGGUGGUCAUUUCUGGAUUCAAGAUUUCUUGUGGCACAGGGACAAAAAUGUGAGGAUGGAAAUUAUAUAGUGUUCAGCGCCAUGCAUCCAAACUGUGGAUGUUGUCUGCAAAAGUUCUCAUCCAAUAAAGAAUCUUUAGAAGAUGGUAGAGGAAGGAAAAAGAAGGGAGAGAAAAUGAAAGAAGAAGAAGAAGGAGAAGAAGAAGAAGAAGAAGAAGAAGAAGAAG